UAUCUCCAGAUGCCUCAACAGCUCUCUUGACGUCUCGCCGCUGUUCUGCCUAUAUCACUCCCCUAGGACCAAUCUGGCUUCAAGGCGAAGCGCUCCGGGUGCCUCGUGAACACACAGCCAUUCGUUUCGCAAUGAACACCCGCUCGCCACUUGACCGUUGGGUCCGUGAUGCAGUUGGCAACGCAACCAACCAUGGAAUGACGAUUCAAAUCGCCCGAGACGACGAAAUUGAGGAUGACUCUGUUGUUGCAAGUGAUGAAGAGUCCCAGGGCAACCUUGACUACCCGGAGCCAUACUCUGCGUGUGGAGGGGAGGAAGUGAGAGGCAACUCGCCUCCGCCCGCUUCACUACCGCCACGACUUGUCCCAAGAAGACAGACAGUACCGGCGGGGGCUGCUCGACGUGGGCUGAGUCCUCCUGGGCUCGAGAGAUGCCAGAUCUGCGGCAACUACGUGCAGCAAUACGACUACGGCACUCGCGCUACCGCAUCACGGCGUUCAAUCUGCAGAAACUGCAAAAGACUUCAUCCCAGCGUUGAUUCUUACGUUUCGGGGCCCAGCACGUCCCAGACGAGUAGCGGCUCCCGCGGCGGCGGCGACACUGUCCACACGAACGUAAACUACGCCUACAUGGGUUCCCAGUACGAAGACUCCGACACGUACGCGACGAGACUGGUGCCAACUGCCGGCGCCAUAAACGCAUACGGGCUGUCCAUAUCCGCCAGUGAAGGCGGCAUUUACACUACCGACAACGGGGCAAGCGCAGAUAGAGUCUACACCAGUCGCACUGGCGGCAUCAACAACCAGAACGUAUACGUUGCCACAGCUCACGGUUCGGCUUCAACUUCAAUGGAGGGAGGGAGAAGAUCGCGGCGAAGAAGCGACCGCCGAUAUUAUCCCUAAACGGGGGGCCGUGUUGCGCGCAAGUGUCGUCGAAGAGGAGCGUAUAGGGCACGCGCCGCCUCGAUGCAUACAAUGCCGGUGGAAGUCGACGACCUCUCUCGUUGAUGGGGCUCCCUGGUACAGACAGCCAGUGGUACGAGCCUGAGCAGUGUCUAUACAUUGGGUCAAGCCAUCGAGCAUAUUUGGAGAUGUGUCUCUCGAUGGACUAUGGGGUUUCAGCCUGGCUGUUCGAUUCACCAUUUAAUAACCCCCCUUAUGAAUCGAUUUGGAGGCAGGGGAUGUGUGAGGUUGUAUCAUAGUGACCGAGCUCCGCUGCCAGAUGCGCCGUCUGCUGUCUGUGUCGCGGACUCUUUCAGCAGCCUCGCCGGCUCAUGCUUCCACAGCCACGUCCUGUUUCAGGAUGCCCAGUCCUGGUGGAUCGACUUGGACGUUUGCCAAGUUGAUUGCGAGGAGCGGUGCCGUGAUCUGCUUCAGCAUCGGCCGAGGGUCACAGUCCACUGAAUAGAUAACCUGAUAUAGCAACUUGUUUGCAGCGCUUCGUCCAGCCACUUAUCGAG